AUGAUAACGGUGACCCCAUGGUACGCAGGAAAACUUCCUCCCACCUUCGUCUGCUCCCACGCUCCUUGCAGCCAAGCGCGCUCGGCAUCCGGGACGCGUGAUCCCACCUCCGUUGGUAUACCGACGUCUUCGCCAUCCUUCUACGUAUGCUUGGGGUACACUGGUGCAGGAGCCCUCACUGGCCUCAGUCUCACGCUUGGGCUCAGACCGCACACGGACGUUGUAGAACUAGCAGACCCGUUUCGUUCCUCCUGA